CGGCGCUUGUCGCCACGUCCCCCGUGCCAGCCUCGGGGUGAGCGGCCUUUCCCCAAACGCCUGCUGGAAAUUUCCAGAGGCACCACAGUAGUCUCGAAAGAAAAAGCUGCUGUGCCGCCCCGCAGGCGCUUCAUUUCGGGAUCUAUUGCUGCUGGCAGGCACGCCAUGCUUUGCUUCACGGACUGAAUUUAAGCCUCUUACGUGCUGCUCACUUGGAGGGGUUCAUAUUAAGUAAGUGUCCAAGAUCAGAAUUAGUCCCAGCACUGUGACUUUUCCAUCAUGUCAGAACCUAUCACGCUCAAUGUUGGAGGAAAACUCUAUACCACCUCUCUGUCCACUCUGACUAGCUUUCCAGACUCCAUGCUGGGGGCCAUGUUUAGUGGGAAGAUCCCAACCAAGAAGGACAGCCAAGGCAACUGCUUUAUUGACAGAGAUGGCAAAAUCUUCCGCUAUAUCCUGAACUUUUUACGAACUUCUCACUUGGAUCUUCCCGAAGAUUUUCAGGAAAUGGGCUUACUGCGACGGGAAGUAGAUUUUUAUCAAAUUCAGCCCCUGAUUGAGGCCUUGCAGGAGAAAGAGAUAGAGCUUUCUAAAGCAGAGAAAAAUGCCAUGCUCAACAUCACCCUUGAUCAGAAGACCCAGACUGUUCACUUCACUGUCCGAGAAGCACCCCAGAUUUACAGCCUGUCUUCCUCCAACAUGGAAGUCUUCAGUGCUCAUAUCUUCUCCACGUCGUGCCUGUUCCUGAAGCUUCUUGGUUCCAAGCUGUACUACUGUUUCAAUGGAAACCUUUCCUCAAUAUCCAGUUACCUGCAGGACCCCAACCACCUGACCUUAGAUUGGGUUGCAAGUGUGGAAGGCCUUCCCGAAGAGGAGUACACCAAGCAGAACUUGAAGAGACUUUGGGUGGUGCCAGAUAAUAAGCAAAUCAAUAGUUUCCAGGUGUUUGUGGAAGAAGUGCUGAAAAUAGCCAUGAGUGAUGGUUUCUGCAUAGAUUCUGCUCAUCCACAUACUUCAGAUUUCAUGAAUAAUAAGAUUAUUCGCCUAAUUCGGUACAAGUAGGAAUGGCUGUUGUGGUGCUAGCAUGGAGAUAACACAGGUUCAGUGUUUCCCUUUAAAACACACAGCCUAAUUCAGAAUCAUGCUUAUCUGGAUUAAGAGUCACUAACAGGGAGAUGAUUUUCCUUUAAUGUACUUACCAAUACGACCUUCCAGAAUAUGUCCAUAUUCCAGACAGAAGCAAUAUUGUCUAGCGCCUGAAUUAAGGACUGGAUCUGUCUCCGCCUCUGCCCCUGACCUGCUGUACAAUUCUGGAGAAAAUCACUUAACUUCUGUCAUCUCUAUGUUUUCCAGUUGGAAAAUGGGUGAUCCUUAACCCGCAUUGCCAGGGGAUGCGAGAGUUCAGUACCCGUGGUUUGGAAUCUAUCUGGAGAAUGGAUGCAGUGAAAGAUACCAUGGAGCUGCAGUGCAGCAGACUGCCCUAGGAGCACAUUUGCCAUGCCUUGCUGUAUCACCUGUGCAGAGCAUUCAAGAAGCUUUGGAUCUGUGGAGGAGAAGCCUUCCCACAUGCACUCAAGACAGCUGAAAAGGACGGUAAAAGUUGCAAAUGAGCAAGGGAUCCCAUCUCUUUGGGUUCAACAAAGGAUUUCUGUGAAGCUGGCUUGGGGUUUUUUCUCAACCCUGUGUGGAAGCCCCUGCUUUAUUGUGCUUUAGGGAAACCGUGUUGGAAUGAUGUGACUGGCAGGGAAGCCAUAGAAGAGAGAAUGGUGUUAUUACAAACCAAGAAGAUGAAAUCUUUACUUUUACAUUCCAAAGGCAUCCGAGACAACUAGUCCUUUUCUUUCUCUUACAAUCGUAAUGUUUGUCUGGAGGAUGCUGCUGAAACUUUUUAAUGGGAGGACAGAUUUUGGGGCAGAGGCCCCCAAAUGUCUUCUAAACAUUUGAGCCUCUUUUGGACAUAACUCCCUUCAGCAGUGCCUGGAAUGCAUGGGAUGCUGUCUGGGUAGGAUGGAUUUAAUUUGAAAAGAUAACAUUCUCACCAGGUUACACCUAAUAUUUUUCAUUGCAAAAACAGAGGGUCGUUUUUCCUAUCCUGGUUCAUUAAGCCUUUUUUUGUCUAAUAUCUUUGUGAAAUGGUCAGGUCACUAAAAGAAUUUUACCUACUUGCUUGGCUUCAGUGUCAGCUUGCCAGAGGGAAAGCAGUGGGAAACCAGAGGUCAACUCUUCCCUACACACCUGGUCUGUGCUGUAAUGAAGAUAACUCACUACCUGCAUGUUGUCUCUAAACAUCAUUUGUGCCACAUUCAAGAUGGUUCUUUCUUGGCUAAUAAUGUUUAAAAGUGUCUUUACUGUAUUUCCCAAACCAGAUUGCUGUGAGUGCAUGAGAGGCCCUCUGGAACCUUCUCAGGUAUCUUUAAUGAGAUAGAAGGGAAAAUGCAAUAACUAAGUUUUGCAUUUAGAGGCUUAGUACUUCCAAAGGUUUCUAGCACAGGGCUGCGAAGCUCAGUAAUGCGCAUGUUCUUGUUUCCCAAAGUAGCUUCUCUGUUACAUUAAGCUGACCUGUGAACAAGCAUAAAGAAGCUUUUUUUCUUAUAAAAAACCAGUGUGAUCAAUAUAUUUCUACUGUCCCAAACUGUGACUGCAUGCACAAAACAAAUCAGCAUGCUCAUGGGUAAAAUGCACAUUCUGCAGUUGUUACAAACCACUGCCCUUUGUCUGACCUGGUGCUAAACCAGCAUGAUAUACAUGGGACCAUGUUGUCAGAAAGCACUGAUUGGGCUUGAAGCCCUCAGAACCACUAAACAUGACAAAUGUUGUGUAGUUUGAGGAUUGUAAAUAGGAUUUUGUGACCAAAUUCCAGUUUGAGUCACCAUGUUGUUCUAUAUUUAGUUGCAUUAGGAAGAACUCUUUUUUUUUUUUUUUCCAUCCCAGUCCUGAAUUACAAAGCAUGAUCUGGCUGGUCAGCUGGACAUUGACAGGGAUGAUCUCUGCUGGUAAUAUGAUUAUGAUCUGUAAAAUGAACCCUCUUUCAUCAAAUCUGUGACUUGAAACAGAUAUGCCCUUGCUGAAUUUAUGAUAACAGAGAUUUUGGGGACUGUUGAUGGUAUUUCUUUUUAAUCCACACCCUUGAGAGUAGAUUUUAAAUGAUCUGUAACCAGAGCUCUUGUAUGUCAUGACUAAAAUAAUACCAGUAGGAAUUUGUUUCCUGUCACCUUGAGUUUAUCCAAAGGUAAGAGCAGUGGGCUUAGAUCUCAUUUGGAAGGGUGGAGUGGAGGAGGGUCUGACCUACAUCCUUUAGAGCUCGGGAUCAGUUCUGCUCCAUUCUGUUUCAGCAAAAUAAAAUAUUCCAUGGGAGAGUUGUAUGAUUACUGCAUUUUUCUUGGUGAAAGGCAAGUAAGAGGAGUCUGUAAAAGGAGAGAACUGGACUCAGAUCUUCACCUGGAGUACUUUAACCCAUCAGUCUGUUAUGCAGGAGAUGAACAAAUUGAAUACACAUUUAUUUGUGUUCAUGCAACUAAGUCAGUAAAAGGUACAGCUGGCCCCAAAUCUCUGUCAUUUAUUAACAGAUAUUGAGAUGCAAAAUAUCUCUAGAUAGAUAGAUAGAUAGAUAGAUAGAUAGAUAGAUAGAUAGAUAGAUAGAUAGAUAGAUAGAUGCAAAAUUUCCAACCACUGCAAAGACAUGAGUGAAGCCAUGCUUUGGAAGGAACAGAAGAACCUGAGGUACCUCAAACUUGCUAAGCACAAUAAACAUCCUCAAGUAUGAGGUACUAUUUAUACUGGAAAUGAGUGGUAAGUGAAUCACUUGUGAUUGCAGUCAAACAUAUGUUCUACAAAUGCAGCUGCUAUUUCACACUCCACACUAAGCUCAAUUUAUAGCUGCUCCCGAAUUCUGCAGUCUGUGAGUUACGGUAUAAUGACUGUUUAUAGGAACAUUCUCUCUCCAGAGCAUUUGUUUGCAUUUUAUCUGAAUAGCUGUUUUUUGUUUACCUUCUUUUUCUGAGCCCUGGAAGUGUAACUUGCUUUUGUUUGCCAGUCAACAGCACUGAUAAUGAUUCUUCUCAAGAGUUUUCCUGAAUUAAAGAGAAGCAAACAUGCACAAAGCCAUGCUAAGUAUAGUACAACCCCAUCACUAGUCAUAGAAAGCACUUGGCAUUUAUUAGCAGUAACAUCUAAAAAUUAUUUCACUGCUGAGUGGAAUAUUCACUCUCAGAACAAACUUUUUUUUUUUCCUGGAAAGAUCUAGUGACAUUUUCUUCCCUUGAAGUUUUGUGUGUGUUUUCUUCUAUCUUGGUGCAUAACUCCUGAUUCUGCCAUAUGCCUGUCUCUCUCAAUACCUUAGUGUACAAAAUGAGGCCAAGCCCUGCAAUUUUGUUUUUUUUUAAUGACCUCAUUUUUUAUUUUUUUUCCUAAGUGACCACUGAAUAGAGUGUUCAGUAGUGUUAGAGGAGAAGAAUACCAGUGUCAGGACAGAUGAUAAACAAGAUUUUAGCUGUAGUGUAAUGGCAUUCUCAGAUCUGGACAUGUGCAUAGCACAGUGAUAUUUCUUACAUGGCAAAAAGACUUACGAAACAUCUUAAUGGACUCCAGAAAGAAUCACUCAUGGAUUUCUUUAAGUGUUUUUAAGCUUGAUAUCUCUUAAAUAUCUAGCCAUGUCCAGUUACAAUGAUGAGACUGAUACUGUAUAUAAAUAAUAAGAAAUAGUUUAUACAGCUGUUAAAGGGAGGAGUUGAUGGGAGGAGUGUUUGUUUCUGCAGGCAAUGGCAAAGAAAUAAAAGAAGUAGUUGUAAAAAGUUAGCUCUGAAAGAAUUCACAUUAACAAGAAAUCCAGGAUUUAGAAGGGGGAGAAUAAAAAUAUCUUGAUGUAUUCAGGAAAAAAAAAAAAAAAAAAACCAAAAACAGCAAGAUAACAAUGGAGACAAAGAUUUUGCUACAAGAGUCUGUGAUUAGAAUGAUUCACUGGUCCUUUCCAAUUUUAAUCUCCUAUUAUCCUCUUUAAAUAUGGAUCAUGCCAAGACUUAUGCUAGUAGCUUCUCAGGAACAGUCAGCUUUGCUUCAAUUUGCAUGUGCUUCAAAUCACCAAGCAUUUGCACUGCUGUACUUAGAACUUUAUAACUGGGUUGUUGAGUAAAAAUCGCUGCUUGAGUUCACAGGCAGCAAAUAUCUGCAGUCAAUCAGAUUUAUUCCCAGGAAUAAAAAGUGAGGUGGAAAGGCUGGUGGAGCCUGUAUACAAGGUUGGUGGAAGUGAUAAAUACUGCCUUCAGCCAUAGACUGUGGAAAAUAAGCCUAGGAACUUCUGAUUCUGCAUAGAGAUGAAUGAAGAAGUUAUGAAGAAGACUCCUCCGGGCAGUUUUAUUUUCACCCCAUCCUGUAGAACUGGUGCCUCUGCUCAGAAUUUCCAUGUAUUUUGAAACAUUGAACUUCCAUUCUGCAUCUACAUGCUGAUGGACACAAACAUGCAGGGUACAAGAAGUACAAAUAUGGGGCCCUCCCAAUAACAGUCUCAUGCAGAGACUGAGGAUUAGUAGAGGCAGUCACAGAUAGUCUGUGCAAGAAGGGCUGAUUGCAUAUAAAUGUCCAGAUCAAGCUCACAGGUUCACCUGGAAUAACAAAAGGAAUGUUUUCCCUGGGAAUUCAUUAAAAAAAAAAAAAAAAAGAGCUAUAGGGGAGGGCUGAAUCUAAUAAUUUCUCUUCUCCUCAUCCCUCAUCCUCUGUGCAUUCCCCUCAGUAUUUUCAUGCUCCAACUCCUAAUUGCAGGAUUUUUCCCACUGCAAGAUCAGAAUUUGGACCCCAACUCACUAAAAGCCAUGCUUUUGAAUCAGUAGUGUUUGAAAAGUGUGAAAAGAUGGUCUUUAUUGCUUACCACCUUCACAGUGAGACUGUAGGGCUAUCACAUUUUAAAAUCUGAUUGCAUUCCUCUGCUUGCAACUCCUUCUGUGAACUGUUACUACUAUGUAUUUUAGAUAAAUUAAUGUAUAGUAAAUAAAAUGUGAAUGAAGCAGGAGGUGCUCUGCCUGACAUAUUUCUUGAGAAAAAAGCAUAAGUGAUGCUUGCUGCACUUGUAGCUUUCUCUUUCUCUAACCACUGUGUCCUUGUAAUGCUUAUCUCCACCUCUCGGUGGCAGGAAUUGCAAGAAGGUC